UGAUUUCUCUGGUCCCCCAUUUUAAGAGACAAAGGUCAGAAAGAAAGGCUUAUAAAUAAGAAUUUCAGACGUGUCCGCCCUUAGUCGCUCUCACGGACGCGAGAACACGGACAAGGAACAAGGAAAAAACAAAAAACAAACAAGGGACAGCCACGCGCUAAAAAGGACAUAAAAGGAAAAAUAUAGCAGCAAUCAUCAAGCAGAAUGGCUCAGAAAGAGAAACUUCAGUGCCUGAAAGACUUUCACAAGGACACUCUGAAGCCCUCUCCUGGGAAGAGCCCCGGCACCAGGCCCGAGGACGAGGCAGAGGGGAAGCACCCUCAGCGAGAGAAGUGGGCCAGCAAGUUGGACUUUGUCCUGUCAGUUGCUGGCGGAUUUGUCGGUUUAGGGAACGUCUGGCGUUUUCCGUACCUCUGCUAUAAGAAUGGUGGAGGUGCGUUCCUCAUCCCCUACUUCAUCUUCCUGUUUGGCGGGGGUCUGCCAGUCUUCUUCCUGGAGGUCGCCCUGGGUCAGUUUACCUCCGAGGGUGGCAUCACCUGCUGGGAGAAGCUCUGCCCCAUCUUUACCGGUAUUGGUUAUGCCUCCAUUGUGAUCGUGUCCUUGCUAAACAUUUACUACAUCGUAAUCCUGGCCUGGGGCCUCUACUACUUGCUCCAGUGCUUUCACCCUGAGCUGCCCUGGGCCAGGUGUAAGCAGGCAUGGAACACCGAGCGCUGCGUGGAGGACACCUAUCGUAAGAACAAAACUCUGUGGCUUGCCGCCAAUGCCUCCAACUUCACCUCCCCCGUCACAGAGUUCUGGGAACAUAAUGUGCUGGGUAUCACUGGUGGUAUAGAGGAGCUGGGUCCCAUUAAAUGGGAUCUGGCUCUGUGUCUGCUGGCUGUCUGGGUCAUCUGCUUCUUCUGUAUAUGGAAGGGAGUCAAGUCCACCGGCAAGGUGGUGUACAUCACAGCCACAUUUCCCUUCGUCAUGCUCAUCGUGCUGUUGGUUCGAGGCGUGACAUUGCCGGGUGCAACUGAAGGCAUCAAGUUCUACCUAUAUCCUGAUCUGGAUCGCCUCAAGGACCCAGAGGUGUGGAUUGAUGCAGGCACCCAGAUCUUCUUCUCGUACGCCAUUUGCCUGGGCGCCAUGACGUCCUUGGGGAGCUACAACAAGUACAAAUACAACUGCUACAGGGACUGUAUGCUGCUGGGAGCCCUCAACAGUGGUACCAGUUUUGUGUCUGGCUUCGCAAUAUUUUCCGUCCUGGGCUUCAUGGCACAAGAGCAAGGGGUGGACAUUGCUGAUGUGGCAGAGUCAGGUCCAGGCCUGGCCUUCAUUGCCUACCCCAAGGCUGUGUCUAUGAUGCCUCUUCCCACCUUUUGGGCAGUUCUCUUCUUCAUUAUGCUGCUGCUGCUUGGCCUCGACAGUCAGUUUGUGGAGGUGGAAGGGCAGAUCACGUCAUUAGUGGAUCUGUAUCCGUCCUUCCUACGGAAGGGUUACCACAGAGAGAUCUUCAUUGCUAUCGUCUGCUGCAUCAGCUACCUACUGGGCCUCACCAUGGUUACCAAGGGUGGCAUGUAUGUGUUCCAGCUGUUUGAUUACUAUGCAGCCAGCGGUGUGUGCCUUCUGUGGGUGGCAUUCUUUGAAUGUAUAGCUGUAGCCUGGGUUUAUGGCGCUGAUAAUUUCUAUGAUGCGAUUGAGGAUAUGAUUGGCUACAGACCAAAUCCUUGGAUGAAAUGGAGCUGGACUGUUAUCACUCCUCUUCUGUGCAUGGGCUGCUUUGUCUUUUCAUUGGUCAAAUACAAGCCACUGACGUACAACAAGGUCUAUGAAUAUCCUGAUUGGUCCAUUGGAGUGGGCUGGACCCUGGCCCUGGCCUCCAUGAUCUGCAUCCCCAUGGUGGUUGUCAUCAAGAUCAUCCAAUCAGAUGGACCGCUCAUAGAGAGGAUCAAGGCAGUGGCUGCCCCGGUGCGUGGUGGGGCAAGUUCCCGUCCUGCGGACCACCGUGGCCCCAGGGAGCUGACCUACCCGCUGGACCCCAAUGGGAACAAGGGCCUGCUGAUGAAAGGACCCACCCACACCAUCGUAGAAACCAUGAUGUGAAGGAAAAGGAAGGAGGCUCUCCAUGAGAACGCCCUCCUCUCCUCACAAACCGCUUCUCUAAGCUAGCUAGCUUUCUGUCUGUCUGUCUGUCUGGUGGAUUGUAAAGGGUUGAGAAAAAUAUCCCAUUUCAAAUCUUUUAGGAAUACUUUGAGGGUCUGCUGUUGGUAGUUUUCUUUUGAGUUUGAAAAGUCAUUUCUAAAGUUGUUUCUGAAGGAUAUUCGAGCUACGAUACGUUCUUGUAACUUUGUCUUACAAAAAUCAAACAUUGGCCAAAUGAUGGACGAUUUUUUAGAACUAGUUAGUUUACACCAGGUUUACUCUGAAGGUAAGCAGCCAGUGCACAGAGGCUUAAUGUACUCUAUAAAAUCACAUUUGGUGUAUAACAUAGCAAAAGCAGCGGAGUUUUGAUAUAAAUUUUUGAUAUCAGUCAAAUCCCUGUAGCCAGCGGAAAAAAAAAAUCCAUUACAAGCUAAUGAAUCACACACCACGUGCUGGCUGCUUGUUUAACAUGGCUGUCUGUUGAUGUGGAUGCUAGGGGCCUUGGCUUUAGUGGGUUAAGUCUUUCGGCGCUGCAUGGCAGCUGCCCACUGCUCCUAGCUACACAGCUAGGAGAAAGAAUUUCCCCACAGGGAUCAAUAAAUUAGCAUAAUUUUUUUUUCACACACAUUUGUGACAGCUUUGUUAGCCUAAAAACUUAAAAGCUCUGGUCUUAAACCACAUAGCAAUUUUUGAUAGAAGUGUGUGAAUGGGGUUUUCCUCUUUACGCACAAAUUUUGAAACGCAUACCCAUCCUGUAGACUAAAAAUAUCUGAGUAAAUCAUGAAAGAAAACUACACCAUACCCAGCCUCAGCGUAUGACCCUCAAACAAACUUCUUAGGUGCUUCUUAUGAGCAACCUCAGCACAAAUAACAUCAUCCAAUACACUAAUAACGGGAAAAACACAAUCCCAGCACUUAGAUUGUAUUGGGGAAACCCGUCCCUGCGCAGAGUUAAGUAUCUGAAAGGAUUUGAACUGUGGAGGUUAAACCCUUGAUGUCUUUCUUCUGUGGCGUACUGUACAGUAGUAGCUAAUCUGUCUAUCUAGCUCUUAUCUUUUUUUCUCUGUCCUAGAACAGUUUACAGUACAUUAGUGACUGCGAUACGCACUCUUGGCUUAACAUUUUGGAUUUCAUUUGUUUUAUUUUCUACAGAGGAGGUUACAUUGGUAUUUUUUUUUUCUCUGUCAAUGUUUAUAAUGUUUUUUAUCAAGACAAUAUUGAUAUUGGUAUUCGCUAUUGACAAUAAUUGCUGUAGUUUUACAUAGAAGGAAAACAUCUUUUUGAUUUGAUGACAAUACUACACUAUUAUCCAUUAUACAUACAUGAAACCCUACAUUUACAGCAGUAUCCAUUGUUAAAAGGCUUUCAUUGUAUAUUUAUUCAUUCUGUACCUAUCCUGCGUACAUUUCACAAAAAUUUCUCUCUGGAACAUGAAGCAGUACAACCAAAAUUGCGUAAUUUCUCCCAACCAAUAGGUCACCAGACUAUUACUUGUAUGUUAACAAAAUUAAUCGUUCAAGUGUUAUUUGCAGAUAUACAACAGAUAGUUUAAUCGCUCCAUCAAAUUCUAAAUAUGAACGAGCAGAGUUGUUUCCUUUCACAAUGUGACAGCCAGUGAGCAGAAAUAGGAUGCUAACCUGGCUGCGUCCAAAUUCUUUGAUUCAAAGGCUUGUUGGGGGAAAAAAAAAUUGGAACUUACCUUCCAAUGUAUCACAUACAGUUCUUCUGUAAUAUGAACUGGCUCCUGACAAAUAAAAACAAAUCGUGCUAUUUCCACCAUAACAAAAGGCCACAACAUGGGCAACGCACACCUGCUAGAAAAAUGUACAUCACAUUUUCCUAUUUUAAAGAUUAUUAUGCUAAGCAUUGCCGUUUUUAAUAUGGCUGUGUAUUUAGGGUUUUGUCAUAGGUAUGUAUCACUGCCAACCAUCUACUCAGGUGCACUGUUUUAACAAAUGUAGGAAUGACCUUCUCAAUACACAGCUAUAUUUACACAGAUUUUAAAUGUGAUUUCUAACUCUGGUGGCAUGGAGCUGAGUCUUCCUAAGGUUAAUGGGUUAGAAAACUGUUGUCCCUCACAGUUUAGGUAGGGAUUUUAGAUCAGGUACACGUCACAAUGAUUGAAAAUAAUAAGACUUGCUCUGUAAAUUAAAUUCAGACCAUUUUCAAUCAAAAGUGUUUGCACAGGAACAGUGAGAUUAUUCUUCACUCAAAAAAAAAAAAAAGAAAAAGGAUAAGGCGAGAGAACAUCCCGAUUUCUUAUCUGGCGUACAUGAUGAAAAGCUGACAUUUAAUUGUGAAUCAAAAAAAAAGAAGAAAGAGAAAUAAAACCAACAAAUUAAGAUGAGAAGGGGAAGUAGAGGCAAGUGUGGUCCAUGGAGUCUCCCGAGUGCUCUUCUUGUUGUCGGUUUCAAGACCCAAAGAUUGGCACCAUGAGACUUUUAGCUAAAUCGCGUUUCAAAAAUUAUUUUUUGGAACUGGAAAGACAGUUCUGUCCAUUCUCCAGGUCUAUUCCCUUCAUGUCAGUCAUGAUGUGAUAUACACUGGAAACUCAAGACAGAUUUAGCCCGUGUGCCAGGCGCCUCCUUCGUUCCUGAGCAGCACCAAACAGACGUACGAGGGAGCCCCGGGUCAUGGGUGUAAGAAAGCCAGUCUGAAGUGAGGUGCUUGGCUGGAUGUACUAAUAGUUUCUAAUUCUGCUGAAUAAAGUUUAAUUCUAGCCUUUGACACUGAAUGAGCACAUAAAAAAAAACUACGCUAGGCUGUCCCUACAGAUCGAGGUGACAAUGUGUCCUUGCCGUUGUUAUCAAGAACCUAGCACUGUAAACUGAGGUUCCUGGUGGACUUACAAGUUAAAACAGAUAUUUAAAAACUGAAAUACGCCAAAAAAAUAGCAUCAAACUAUACGUGUAAAAUGUCACCAAAGGACCAAUAAAGAUGGUGCAGUCAUUUGUCCGCACAAGUGCAACCGCUUCCAAAAUGCACUAUUACAGUUUUCCUGAUCACCCUUUUACAUAUCCUUAAUAAAUGUAUGUUAAACAAAUCAUUAUGUUGCGAAGCUCUUGCUUUCCAAGAUGAGCUUGGCGUCAAUAUUUCUGCCAUUGGUUUUAUUGCUUCAAUUUGAAUAGCUAUGAUCAUAUCAUUAACAUGGAUUUGGGAAACCAAGUCCGGACCAAACAUAUUUCAUGCAGUUGAAAACUUAUCGAUGUACUCGCACAACUAGCUAUCUAGUACAACAGAUCCUGUUCAUUUUAAUGGUAAUCCAAAUAUACAGUUUUAUGAGCGUCUCGACUUUUGCACAGAUCUGGCCCUCAAUUUCCCCAAAGCAUCUUUGCACUAAGACAGAUUUUCAGCAUUAAACUUGCAAACUCGUUUAUGAUGGACAAGAACAAUCUGUCUUUUAAUUCCUUGUGACAAUGAUCUGAAAAUUUUACAUUUGCCAGCAAUUGGAGGGAGGUCAGGGAUAAUGCAUCGCAGCUCAGUUUUGAUUAAAACGUGUGUUCGUAUGAACCCAAAGAAAAAUAAUUGUGUCAUUGACCUUUGACCUGCGUAACAGGGGAAUGGGACUUGUUGGGCAGACAGCCAUGUAAAAAUUCUGAAUGGGUCAAAAGCGGAUUGGCAGUUUUGUAAAUGUGGCUGUGCUCGUUCUAUCCCCUGAUAAUUCAAGUUUAUUUUUUUAUUUUCUCUUUAGCAUUAGAUGUAGUCAUUAUGGGCAGGGAAAUGUGGGCCAGAAAUACUGUGACUGACUCAGUCACGUGUGGAUUUAGUCUGCGUAGCUAUAUUUGGUGUGUGUCAUUGAUCCACUCCCUCUGCCUUCUCACACUCCACUGUCAAGUCAGCCUGCUCAAAAGCCGUAGUUCGAAUCCCGCAAACCAAGGUUUCCCAUGACAUGUAGAAGUGUUCCUUUUGCAACAAAAACAAAGCGUUUGUGAGACACAAUGCAAGUUUUUAAACACAGAAUGUUGAAAUGUGAAAGACACCUUCGGGUGACUGCGGAAGUUUCUGAAGAGUUAUUUUUUAGAGGAAAAAAAAUAAUUUAGUCUCUUUUUUAUUUUCAUUGUUCUUGAUGUAUGAAAUUCAUCCGUUUCUUGUUUUAUUUUGUUUUUGACUGUCAAUCACAUUUGCCUUUUGUAUUCCAAACAUAGUGUAUUUGAACUUCUGUCAUUGGAGUAUCAUGUACAACUGUCAAUCAAAAAAGAAAAAAAAAAGCUGCGAUUUGUAAUGUGCAAUACUUUGUAGAAAGAUAAGUAUUUUUUUCAUACUGUCCAAUAGGUGGUACUAACUUUGAAAUUUAAAGGAUAGCCUGUGAACUCUGGAAAAACAAGGAAAAAAAUCUAAUUUCAGGGGCCAAGUCACAUUAAAAAAAAAAAAAAAAAGACCACAAAAUGUUCUGCAGUUUUAAACCAAACUAAACCAAGCUAUCUGUUCAGACAAUGCUUUUCCAUUUGAGAUCAUGUGAUUUGAAAUGCACUGAGAAUAAAACUGAUUCAACAUUGUCAUAAAA